CGGAAUAUAUAAAAAAAACUCGUGGUGAUAAUAAUUUAUCAAGGGAUGCACUUGCAGGCUUCCGUCCCUUGAAAUGGAAUGAAUUGUAGUCAUCGUGUGUGCGAAGAAGAAGGUGUCCUCGUGGAGUGGUUUAUUUACUCUAAAACAUCUGUAUUUGUUAAGCAAGAAGGCGCUUUUAAUUGGCUUUUGUUGCUGUCCCUUCUUCAAUAAAUAUUCUCUAUCUUGGUGGAAAGUACGGCUGAAAUGGAUAGGAAGAAAGCUCUAGUUAAAAAAUAGGACAGAAAUAUAAUUCUCGUUAUUAUUGUGAAAAAGAGAAAUCAAUCGUGUACGUACCGGCAGCGUCAUCAUCAGUUUUAUUAAACGUGUUCCAAAAUUAAAUCACAUCUGGGGACCAGUAAAAUUAGUGAAAGCAAAUUGUGUUCCUUGAUCGUGCCCAUGAUAGGCUGAUGAUAAGGAGGGACUCAUGGUGACAUAAAGUAUUAAAGGGAGGUUGGUCAUGGUGGUGGUAGUGUUGGCUUAGAAGUAGUUCCAAGAAGGACUUGAGCGUGGAUAUAGAAAGGCAGGAGAUGAAGAGCUUAGGUAGUCCUUUAAUGCGAAUGAAGAUUGGACUGGAGCUGGAUUAAGGAAAUAGAAAUUGGGCCGAGAGAAUUAAAGAGAAGAAAUAUGCAAGAAGCUGGCCCCAGUCAACUCACUAAUACUACUGCUACCACUACUGGUCGAAAAUGUCAGCAGCUUUCACCACCUCGCCACCACGUAUUUUCUUCUGCCCAUAACAAGAUUGCAGAUCGAGCAUGACUUUGUCGAAGGCUGUAUCAUCUUCCCGUAGUUUGGGUGCUUAUUCGCUUCGAUUGGUUUAAAUCCAGCAACAACGGCGACGUUUAAGGAUUUAUUUGCUUAUUACGAUCCCGUAUUUUUGAAAGAUGGCUUUGAGGCGGUCAAGAAUUUGUAAUUUGAGCCCUGGACAGCUUGCUGGCUCGUUGACGGAAACGCCUCGCAAAGUGAAAAUUAUCGACUGUAGAUCUUUCCUUGAGUAUAAUGAUAAUCAUAUUGUUGGUGCGGCCAAUAUUUGCUGUUCCAAACUCAUAAAGCGCCGCCUUCAACAGGAAAAGCUAUCCCUUAAAGAUCUGCUCGUCCACUGUCGAAUAGAUAUAGAUGACACGUGCGACAUUGUUGUUUAUGAUCAGAGGUCACCCUCCAUAGAAGACGUUUCUCCGGACAGCUUUGUGUAUGUGCUGGUGAAAAAACUGAUACUGGUUUUCGAAAAAGUUCAUCUUCUUGCUGGAGGAUUUAUCGCUUUUCAAUCGCUGUAUCCAGAGUUUACAGAAAAUAAAAUCUGGAAAUAUCCUGGUCUCACCGCUCUCUCACAGCCUUGCUUACCCACCAACAGUUCUGGCCCCACGCGAAUCCUUCCAUUCCUUUACCUUGGCUCAGAGGAAGAUGCACAUAACAAGGAACUUUUGCAGAGUCAUAACAUUACGUAUGAAUUGAACGUGAGCAACAAGUGUCCAAAACCAGAAUUUGUCUCGGACGGACAUUUCAUGAGACUCCCAGUUAAUGAUAGUCACAAUGAAAAGUUACUACCCUAUUUUAUCGAAGCAUUUCAGUUUAUUGAUAAAGCACGGGAAUCAAAUGAAAGUGUGUUAGUCCAUUGUCUCGCUGGAAUAUCUAGAUCUCCAACUGUCGCCAUUGCAUACGUGAUGCGACAUUUGCAAAUGACUUGUGAGGAUGCGUACAGAUACGUGAAAGCGAAAAGGGCCACCAUUUCACCUAAUUUUAACUUUUUGGGCCAGCUUUUGGAGUAUGAGAAGCAAUUAGUGCAAGAUAAUGUAAUUGAGAAAAAGCAGUCGCCUGUUGUGCCUCUAAGUUUCACCUCGGCAUCUCAGUCGUCGGUAGAUUUUGUGCUGGGUCCACCGCCACCUCAUCUCCCCAUACCUGUGAAACCACCAGGGAAACGAUUAAAUUUAAAUCUCCGAUUUUCGCCGUUUGCGGAUCCACCAACAUUAUCUAGUCCAAAGGAUUCGUCGCCAACGACUGCGAUGGCUCGACUCCAGUUUGAUAAACCAUUAGGAAAGGAAAAUCGAAGCGGUAGUGGUGGUAAUUCUGGUGGUAUAGUUCCUCCUCCUCCCACCACGCUCAGCUUUGCGGGGUUGUCACGACCGACUCGACUCGUUAAAGAACAAAAUGUGACGUCCAUUCAAGAAGAAGAAGUCGGGCAUGCGGCCUGGGAGUCAGUUUCAAAGUCCUUAUCUCAUCACUCAUCAUCAUCAUCAUCAUCAUCCCUGUCAAUUUCAAUAUCCAAAGGUUUUAAAUGUAGAAAGGGGUCUUCAGUUGAGCAGCAAAUCAGUGAAUCGUCAUCCUCUUCGUCGUCGUCAUCCUCAUCAAAGAUGUGUGGGGGAGGGUGUGACUAUGGAAAAAAGUUCAAAGUUCAUAAAAUUCAUGUCGAGGGAUCUGCUGAUUCAACAAAUAAGGAUCACGUGGAACAGUGUGGCGAAGAAAAUAAUGCUGUUGAACCUGUCCCUUCAUGUUUGCCGUCAUCCAUCUUAAACUCCGGCUGCUCUUCUGCUAGCAUCUCCAGUGGAGGAGGAGACACAUCUCACUCUUCUUCAGGGAUCAAUGUUGUUGGCCUUAGUCCUGUCGCUUGUUAUAAGAGAGAAUUCUCUAGAUCUGACUCUGUUAGCACGAGUGGCAUUGGAUCCGAAAUAUCUGAAAAUGAACUGCAAGCUUCUGGAUCGUGGGAAAUGUCCGAAUCGGGGAAUUUGAAUGACGAUGGUGUGUUUUCAGAUUCCUGCAGUGGGUUUUCGAAAUCUCCUCGGCGUCAGUUGCAGCUCUGGUCAUCCGACAGUGGACACUGGUCUUCUGUGGAGGAUGGAAUGUCUUGCUCUUCAUCACAAGUCAUGGACGUUCCACCUCCUCCUCCGUCUUCUUCUGUUUCUCAUCCUCCAGGUUUAGCUGAAAUUGAGAUGUUAAAGUCUCCCGAGAAGCGGAAGUGUCCAAGCACACUCUUCACAAAGUAUUCGCACUACCUUUCCUCACAUGAGAAACGGAAGAGCUACGCAGGAGACAGUUCCUCAAUGGUUCCGGAAUGGACCGCUGGUGACUUACGACGUCCAAAGAGAUGGAGUAUUUCUGAAGACAUUCCUAAUAAUUCUGAACCUGGGACGUCGUCAUCAUCAUCAUCCUGCAAUAAAGGUGAUGACGACGAAUUGGGCAAGGAAAGCGCUGGUGUAGAGCAAUCGGAAAAAUCCGGCAUGGAAAAAGAACAAAGAUCGUCGUCGCCUUCAAAUCACGCCGCAGGUCAUCUCAACUUUGAUAAUCACUGGUUUAAUCUACUCUCUGGGAGUGAACUGACCUGUUGUGAGCGACAAGGGGAAGGACUUCUCUACCGAGUCCACAGUUGUCCAGGGUUCCUGGACUGCCGAGACUGGCUGCACCUGCAACAAUCCGUACCUGAUAGUCCACCCGAUCAUGAGCCAAUCUCUGACUCUGUCCUCCUAAAGAUGAGGAGUUGCUGCCAUCGGAGCAGACACGAGCGGUCUUUUGAGCACUCGACAAUGUCCCAACAUCAUCCCUGGAACAAGAAUAGAUUCUCCUUUGGUCACGUCGACUAUGACGAACUCUUAUGCAAACUGCACAACGUUCAAGACGCCAAGGCAGAGUCGAGUCAUAGCUCCUCCUCAACCCUCGCGUCAAGCUCUUUCUCCAUAGUUGUACAAUAGUAGUGAGUGGUUUAAAAAAGGAAGAUAUGAACAUCUCGUCGAAGGUACAAAAAAAUAUGAAAAACACUGAGUAUAUAAUCAUACACAUACAGUUUAGGCCUGUUGUCGGCAAUAGAUUCAGGUAUAGACAAUGAGAAUUCAUAGGUGGAUUACUUCGAGCCCAAGUAUUAUUAAUUCAGAUUGAAUGAUGAAUGGAAUAAUAGAUUUUUAUUCUUCUGAGGAAAAUAUAUACAAAUCACCAGUCAAGGAAUGGAUACUAAAGAACUGCUACACAAACUAAACUACAACGAGAUAACGAAACCAAAGAAAUUGAAAUCAAUCACUGUUGUUGUUAUUAUUAUCGACACAUACGGAGUAAAUAUAUUUAAAAUCUGCUGCAGUCAUACAUAUGUCACUAUUGAUUUGCAGAGACACAAUGCAUUUUAAUUCAUAUUUGUUUUAGUUAGAAUUUUAGAAUUAUUUUUAAAAAUCAAUCCUAGGUUAGUGAUGUUCGGGUCUUACUAUUGUUUAUCAUUCUACUGUAUUUAUGAUGACAAUCUUGUUUUUUGUUGUUUCGCUUAUUUUCUGCAUUUAAUAAUUUGCAAAGUUUUUAAAGUUUAAAGAAAACUAAGAAACUAUUGCCAGUAUUUUACUUUUCUCAUCCUUUGAAUCAUUAUGAAUUCCUAUUUACAACCUUUUUUAUAGUACGCGUAAAGGUUUAUUUAUAAAAUAAUAGAAAAUUAUGACGCUAUUGAUUUGUAAGCGUUUUUAUUUAGUAUCAAAAUUGCAGCGUUUUAUCGUUUUAGUACAGUAAUUAAUUAUAUAUUGAAUGAGAUACAUACAUAUAUGUACAUGGAUUUUGACUAUCGUGUUCAGUCAUUUUAGUCUCUUGAGUUUGGAUUUUUAUGGUAUGAUGAUAAUUUUGACCCGUUUUCUGAGUCAUAUUUUUUUCGCUGCUAUAUUUAUUUUAUGAAAGUAUUUUUAUCUGUAAAAAUAUUUCAUUGCAUUGACAAGUGGGCCCCGAAUUUGUAACGUAAUUUAUAACAAAGGUUGAUUAAGUGCUGACAUGCCAUAUCUAUAAACUUAUGUAAAAGGAGGAGGAAAAGCAAAAGGUCAGAGCAAGAUGUACAAAUUGUGGAAUAGAAAUGUGAGGGUUAAAGAAAAACGGAAUGGGUUUUUGGGAUACAUAGUAAAUACAUACAAAAAUAUUGUUUGACUUUCUGAAACUAGUAAACUUUAACUUUACCUAAUAUUAUUAAACUAGGAACGAGUGCAGGACUAAUUAUUUCAGCACAGAAUGAUAAAGGUUAAUUCAACACAAGAAGAUGAGUUGAUGAUGUAGGUGUGUUCAAAUAAUGUACAACAAUUAAUCAAAAAAUCAAAACCAUGAAUAUUGAUGAUAAUGAUGAUGAGAAACCGAUCAGUUCUCUCGGUACAAGUUUCAAUGUAAAUAUACACAUAACGACAUUAAUUAAUAUAAUAUCACGCCUCGGUAGCAAAAUACUAACAAUUUUUAUGUACACAUCUUGUUUCAAGUGGUACAAUAUUAAUAUAUUUAAUGCUAUGUUUUUUCUAGGAUAAAAUUAUUAUUUAAUGUUUUGUAAUUUAUAAGGUUCCUUUUUAUUAACUUGUCGCAACUGUGAGUGUGCUGCACUACAUAUAACUGAUUUCAGUUUUCGAAAAAUAAUUAUCUCGAUUUUUUUGCGACUAUAUAAGAUCACUAAAGAAAAAAAUUAAGUUGGUGGUUUGUGAAUUUAUUAGCAAAAUACGGGUUGCGUUAAUAAGGAUGCGAUAGAACUCGACAUAAUUAAUUACUAUGACUUGUUUGUCAUUGAAUUUUAAUCCAUUUUGAGCUACACACUAUUAUCACUAUAUUGUUAUUAUUGGUAUCAUUACUACUACACAAAAGUGGUGCUCGUCUAUAUGAAUGCAUUAAAAAAACUUGGUGAAGAAGAAAUGAAAUGACGAACAGAAUAAAACAUUUGUUUCCAAAA